CACACCACUCGUAAUUCGGUUGUAAAAACUGUUUCGCGCGGGACAACUUUUCUCGCAUUAUAAUUUUAAUAGAAUAAACAAAAUUUUACUACAUAUAGAGGACAAUUUUAUCUAUGUCGUAGCGUUUUUAUUAUUUGGAUAACAUAAAUACGUUUAAAGUUAUAGGUUUGAGAACAUUUGACUUUUUUGUAUUUUUCAAAUGAUUGUUAAAAAUUAUUGGGUAGUGCUAUCAAAAAAAAAACGACGCUACGACACAGAUAAUUUUCUUCUUAGUAAGGAUUUACAAUUUUGGUAAUUCUAAUGUUAAUAUUGAGGGAGUAAUGUUGUCCCGCGCAAAACAAUUUUUAGCAUAUGGAAUUAUUGUAAAAUAAUUUUUCUAAUUAUUAUCGAAUUAUUCCCUGGUGGCGUAAAACGACAAAACGCGGCUUCCCCCACUCCAUUCAAGCACUCGCGUUUUUCGUCAUCGGCCGGCACCGGGCAGCCGCGCGACAAAUUGUGACAAAAAUAAACAUUUCCGAUAAUCAGAAGUCGAUAGACAUACUAUUAUUAUCUUGAAUAAUGAAUAUAGACCAUAUCUAAACUUAUUUAUAAGCUACACUUGAUUAUGUCGUCGACCGUCGUAGUCACCAUAUGACAGAAUACGCUGUGGAAUUACUAUAUUAUAUUACGAUACCUAUUAUAAUUUAGCAAUAUCAGAAAGGCCUUUAUAUUAAUUACUCAUUAUAUAAAUUGUAUUUAAUUUUUAUGCUGUUGUAUCUAACCAUAUUUUUUUUCGUGCCAAAAUUGUAUUAACCAUUGUUAACAUAAUGUCACCAAAAAAAAUUCGCGUCAUCCAAAAGAAAGGAGCCCGAUCGGGUAAGACUUCUUUAAAAAAAAAAAUGAAAAAAGUUCGUAAUGGGGUUCGUAAGGAUGUGCAAAAUGAAGAUUUAAUUAAUGAAUUAAAUAAUGUAAUUCCGUCUUCUAAUGCAGAAAAUAUGAUUUUGAAUUAUAACUCAACAAUUGUUUACAAUAAUGUUUUAGUACACGAUUUAAAUCUUGAUGAAACGUCUGUAUCGUCUGUAGUGAAUACAUUAUCAUCGGAUAUAAAGUAAAUAUUAAAACCAAGUUAAAUUAUGAAUAUAUUGAAUAACUUUGUUAUUUUAUGAAGUAAUUUAGAUGCAACAUUGAUUUUUCCUGAAUAUAAGGCCUCAUGUUCUCGAUUAGAGUGAGCAAAGAUUUAAUACUAUUUUUCUUAUAAGUACUAUAAGUAUUUACAAAUAAAUUAAUAUGGGCAUAAUAAUAGUGUAUAAUAUAAUUAACAAUUAUUGUAGAGACAACAAUAUUUCUGACCAUAACCUAAGUGUUAUGUAUACUGCAUCUGAAGAUAGUUUAUCAUCGGAAAAUACUACAACUGCCGAGUAAGUGUGUACAAAAAAACUAGUGUUAUGCAAUUUAAUUUAAUUUUAAUUUUUUACUAGAACUUAUAAUAUACUGUAAAACAUUUAUUCAACUAUGUUAUUUUUUGUUUUUUUUUUUUUGAAUUCACAGACCUUUAACAGGCCGAAGAAUUAUUGAUAUUUUUCACUUUAUCAAUCAAAUCCAAAAGGUACACAGUGGUGGGUUCGGUUGUUCAUUUAUUGACAUGGAGUAUCAGAAAGAAACAUUUGUAGGAUUUCAGUCGAUUUUAACAUUCAAAUGUAAAGUGUGUAACAUCAAAAGUAAACUUUAUACAGAAAAUCCUAAAACAGUACAAGUCCCAAUUAAUAAAGCAACUGUUCACGGCUGUCAAGCAAUCGGUAUUGGUCACACACAGCUGUCUGAAUUGUUUUCAUUUCUUGAAAUCCCAUCGUUAUCGAUUAGUGGUUAUACGAAAGUACAAGAAAACGUAGCUGAUAUUGUGCAUGCAACAGCAUGGGAUGAAAUAAAAAAAGCUGGUGAGGAAGAAAAAAAAAUGGCGUUGGAGUGUGGUGAUAUAGACGUAGAUGGCACACCAGUCAUCACAGUUGUUGCAGAUGGGCAGUGGUCUAAACGCAGCUAUCGGACAAAAUACGACGCCUUAUCCGGAGCAGCUACGAUAAUUGGUUUUAAAUCUAAAAAAGUGCUUUUCGUUGGAAUACGCAAUAAAUAUUGUUGUAUUUGCCAAAAAUCGAAAAAUAGUAAAAAAGUCGCACCUGAUCAUCAAUGCUUCCUCAAUUGGAAAAAGUCCUCAACAAGUAUGGAGGCCGAUGGCGUGGUUGAAGGAUUUAUGAAAAGCGAGGAAAUGCAUGGAUUAAAGUAUAAUUGUUUAAUAGGUGAUGGGGACAGCAGUGUGACUAAACGCUUAAAUGAAAUUCAGCCGUACGGUCCCAAUUUUCACAUAAGAAAAAUUGAGUGCCGAAAUCAUUUGAUGCGAAACUAUGCCACCAAACUUACAGUGAUUGCUAGAAACACAAAAUACCCACUUCGUGUUCGAAAAUAUAUUCUAUCGAAUAUUUUACGAUUUAGAGGUGAUAUCACAAAAGCAGUUAUACAUUGGAGAAAUAUAAUUGGAGUAACGAAAUUAGAAAAGAUAAAAGGUAUUCAAAGAGAUGUUGCUAACGCCCCAUACCAUCGACUUGGUCAGCAUCUAAAGUGUGAUUCUUAUUUUUGUAAUGGAUCGAAAAAUAAUGAUUUAAACUUAGUGCCAGAGGCUGAAAGCUCUGGAAUGAUGAAUGAAAUAAAAAACUAUGUAUCAAGACUUGUUUUAAAUUCCGAAAGUUUGUUAGAAAAUAAAAAUAACAACAUGUGCGAACAAUUUAAUUCUUUAAUAAACAAACACAUAGCCGGUAAAAGAUUAAAUUUUUCGAGUAAAAGAAGCUAUAAUACUAGGGUAGAAGCAGCCGUAGUUUCAUUUAACUCUAAACAGUAUCUAAGAAAAAUACACAAAAAGAUCUCCAACUGUAGUCCAGGAAAAUUUGGGAAAAGAUUCAUAAAAAAUUAUGAACGAAUAAGAACCAACACAUUAAAAAGAAGACAGUUAUUCCCAGAAGCUAGAAAAACUAAAAUUAUUUGUACUGACGGUCCAGAUGCUGACUAUGGUUUGGCAGAGCCGCUAACAAACCAAUAUUCACCACAAGAUUUUGAAAAAAAAAAAAAAGAAUUCCUUACAUCCUUAGAGAAUGCAGAUAUUAAAAAAAUUGAAGAUGAUACUAGAAAUCAAAGUGAAAGUGAGAAGUGGUACUAUGAACGCAAAAAACGAAUUACUGCCUCUAGAUUCGGACAAGUUUGUAAAAUGCGUUCUAGUACCAGUUGUAAAAACACCGUGUACAAUAUACUUUAUGCUGGAAAUGUCCAAUCUAAAUAUUUACAAUACGGCAGAGAUACGGAGCCUAUCGCUCGUAAAAAAGCAGAAUGUAUAAUUGGCGAAAAAAUACAAAUUUGUGGUUUGAUAGUGGAUCCUGAUGAGCCAUACUUAGCAGCAAGUCCAGAUGGCUUGAUUGGUAAAACGGCAAUUAUUGAAAUUAAAUGUCCAUAUAUUGCAAAAGACACUUCAAGUGCAAUAGAUGCUAUUAACAAAAAAUUAUUGCCAUAUUGUAACAUAGUAGAUAAUUGUACAAAACUUAAAAAAGAUAAUAUUUAUUAUUAUCAAGUAAUGGGCCAGUUGCAUAUUACCCGCAGAAAAUUAUGCUAUUUUGUAAUAUAUACCAGUAAUUGGAUUACGGUAGAAAAAAUUUAUUAUGAACCAGAAUUUUGGACUUCUAAUAUGGCAGAAAAAUUAAAAAUGUUUUAUAUGGAUUGUAUGCUACCUGAAAUAAUUCAACCACUUUAUCCAAUAAGAAUGUUGAAGUCCGAUAUCAAAGAGCCUGAGCGUAUUAUUAAAAUUAUGACCACAACUAAUAAUAAUUUUAAAAAAAUGUGACCUUUAUUCUCAUCAGUUAUUCUAUAAUAUUUUUAAUAAAUGUGAAACGUGUUUUUAAAAAUAUAUUACCAUUUCAGAUUUUAUUUAGAAUGUUUACUGCCAGAAAUUGUCGAUCCACUAUAUGGAAAACGAUUUUUGAAAAGUGAUAUUAGAGAGCCUGACCAGUGACCACAUUAAACACCAAAUUAAUAAAAAAUAAAAAUAUACCUAUAUUAGUUUCAUGUAUGAUAUAAUAGUGUUAACAUUAUAAUUGACAAAUGAUUACCAAUAGGCAAUACUGUAUUUUUUAUUUAAUUUAAUUUGAAUAUUUAAUAACUCAAUAGCAUAUAUAGUACCAACGGUAAUCGUAUCUUUGUAGAGAAAGGUAGAAUCUUAAAAAUAAUAAUAGAUAGCUUUGAUACGGGCUACUGUAUCAUCUUUAAGAAGUACCCAAAAACUGUAAUUUAAAACGUAUACCUACCUAUGUAGUAGCAGUAUAACGUAAAAUCAUAUAUUCAAUAAUUAAAUUACUAAAAACUAAUACCUAUUUAGAUAUUUAGGUAGGUAAUAUUAGUUUAGGAUACUGUUAUAAAGUAGAUAUUAUUUACUGUAUUGUUUAUAUUUUGUAUGGAGUAAGCAUCUAAUAAUGCAAUAAUUAUAAGCUGAGUCGCCGAGAAGGUAUGCGCGAAUAUUACGGCGGAAACGCGUCAUAAUAUAAGGUGUUUACAUUUUAUAUUUACGCGAUCAGACACAGUCGAAGGUUGAGGAAAUAAUAAACAUCGCUCCCGAAUGAGCACAAUCGUCCGCCGGUCGCCGACAACGAGUAUUGGGCGUGGCUUAAACGCCGCGUGCUUGCGCAUCGUGAAAACACUUAACAGCGCGUUCUCUCGGCCGUUCUAUUCGUUUCGCUUUAGGUGUAGCGUCCUCUUAAUAUGAAUACCUAUCAUAUUAGUACAUGCCAAUAAUAAACU